GGGAACCGCUGGGAAAUGGGCUCCGGGACAGCGUCCCACCCACCCACCGCCGCACAGCUCCCAUUUCUCAGACCCCCGAACGACCCCACGUUGCAGAACCCCGCUCACCCCCUACAAAACCGCCCCGAAUCCCGAACACCCAACGCGCGCAGUUUGCGCCAUCAGAUGCCGGGAGGGGCGCGGAGCGCUGCGCACCCGCGGAACGGCCGCUGCGGGGCGGCGGGGCCCCGGCGGAGCUCCCGGCCGAGCUGCGGGUGCUGCUCCCGCUCCGCCCCCGCGCAGCCUCCACCCUCGAUCCGCCGCGCGGCGCCGCUUUUACAUAACGCCCCGGGGCCGGGGUCCGCGCCCCGCGGUUCCUUCGCACGGCGGAAAUGCGGAGCAGUUCGCAUCGGUUUCCUGCCUGCCGAGCCGUGCCGUGCCGUGCCGUGCCACCAUGGGCGAGCGGCCCCCGGGCGCUUUCUGGUGCAGCACGGCCGCCUCGCUGGAGUCACGGCAAUGAAUGGGCACGCUCUGUCGGCCGGCACGCCAGCGUAUCCCCGGGGCUGGCAUGAGUUUUGUGAGCUGCACGCCAUCAGCACCGCCAAGGAGCUGGCGCAACACUACCUGCGCUUUGCCACCGAGCACCCGCACCAUGACCUGCUGGCUGCAGAGAACUUCUCGAUGCGCUUCGCCAACCUCUUCCAGCAAUAUUUCUGCAAUGAGGUGAAGGAGGGCUUUGCCAUGAGCCAGCUCCGCAUACUGCCUGCUGGCCCGGCGCGGGAUUACCGGGACACACAACGCCAGCAUGCAAACCCUUCCCUGGGCACGGUGGCUUCCAAAGGCGAAGCAGAGCCACCCGCUCGCCCUGAGCCCAUGGCUGAGCCCCCCACAGGGCUGCGCAAGUCGUGGAGCUCAGAGGAGCUGACGGGGCCAGCACGGAGACCAUUUUCACUCAGCCAACUCCGCCGCAGCUGGCGCAGCCUCUUCCGCCGCCGCUCCUCGGAUGCUCUCCCCACAGAGGCCGAUGGUGAAGUGGCAGAGGCUGCUCUCAAAUCAGGACUGAGCAAACGCAUCCUGCCCUGGGGGCUGUCCCGGGAGCAGCCCCCUGAGGUGCGCAAGGAGGGGACGCUGCGGUAUGGGCUGCUGGAUGAGACGUCACUGGACAGUGGGACGCGCUGGCAGCGCUGCCGUCUGGUGCUGCGCAGGGCAGGGAUGCCCGAUGGUGAGGAGUAUGUGCUGGAGCUCUUCGACCCACCAAAGGGCUCCAAGCCAAAGCUGCGCGCUGCCUGCUCGGCCAUCCAGGAGGUGAGGAGGUGCACACGCCUUGAGUUGCCUGACAACCUGCACACCUUUGUCCUCAAGGUCACCAAUGCCACUGAUGUGCUGUUCGAGGCAGGGGAUGAGCAGCAACUCAGCUCCUGGAUGGCCGAGAUCCAGCAGUGUGCAUGCAGAGGGUCAGAUGUGGGUGACCCUGAGCUCCUGUCAGGCCGGCAACCUGAUCCCACAGCCACCAGCCCUGCCACCAGCUCGGACUCCCCAAGCCAAGGGGCAAUGCCAGGGGGGCCGGCGGAGGCAGCGGGGCCGAAGAUGGAGCAAUUCCUGUCCUCCUGCCCCUGGUUCCAUGGGCCCAUCUCCCGUGUGAAGGCAGCGCAGCUGGUGCAGCUGGGGGGGCUGGAGGGACACGGCGUCUUCCUGGUGCGGCAGAGCGAGACGCGCCGCGGCGAGUAUGUGCUCACCUUCAACUUCCAGGGCAGAGCGAAGCACCUGCGGCUGUCGCUGACGGAGCGGGGCCAGUGUCGUGUCCAGCACCUGCGUUUCUCCUCCAUCACAGAGAUGCUGCACCACUUUCACCGCUAUCCCAUCCCGCUGGAGUGUGGGGCCACCUGCGAUGUCAGGCUCUCCAGCUAUGUUGUUGUCCUCCCCCAGCCACCAGCUCCCGGCUCCAGCCCUGCUCUCCCCAUCCCGCUGCCCUUCUGGAGCCCAGAAUUCAACCUGACCCCCUCCGAGUCCCCUCCAGAGCCCAUCUUCCACCUGGUGCCACCGGCAGCUGAGCUGGCGCAGGGCUCACACCCCAACGGGGCACCCCAUGGCACACGGCCCCGCGAUUCGGACUACGAAGUGGAAGCCCCGGGUCGGGGCCGCGUGCGUGCUGUGGACAACCAGUACACACCACUGUGAUGAUGGGCACAUUUGGGAUGCACUUUUGGUGGAGAAAUCCCGGAGAUCCCUCCGGGUGGCACAGAGGAAAAAAGAAUGUAUUUCCUUCCUUCUGGUUAGGGAUUGUUAUUUUGUAAUUUAGCAAGGAAGGGGGUCAUUGUUCACUCCAGUAUGGGUGUGCUCCCUCUCCUGGGCCUGUUAAAGGGCCAUUUAAAAAGAAAAUAUCUAUUUUUUUUUUUUUUGUAUUAUCAAAGCUUUCUCGUUACUGUUUACACAACCACCACGAGGGCACCGUGUGUGCUCUCCUGCCCCUUCCAGGAGGAGCCGAGGGUGUGUGGUGCAUCUGCACCAUUGGAGUGGAUUCACAAUUCUUGACCAAGCGCUGCCCGCGAGCCGGGAUGGGGCUGUGCCACGCUCCUGCUCGACAAGGAUUUGUUUUAUCUCUAAAGACAAGGCAAAAAACUGGCUUUUCUCACUCCUUUUUUCUUUCCCCAACUCGCCUGUUGCAGCCGAUCCUGCAGCAGCGCUGCCCACACCGCGAUGCUAACCGAGAUGUGAACACUAACAGCUCCAUCCCUAACAGUGCCACUGCUGAGAGCUACUGUGGAGACUGACAGCAAAGCAUCCCCAAACUAAUGGGGGCAUUUCCAGCACAAAACUCAGCUUCCCUUCAGUUUCCUUGGCCAUGCAGCUGUGCACCCUGCUCAGCCCUUUUUCAGCAAGAAAACAUGUAAGGGGACGGCAGUGUUCCACACUAUGCAGUAAUGGGCAGAGGGAGCACAAAGCCCCUCUGAGCCCCCACACCCAACGUGCCUUAGGAGAGGAAGAUACAGUGUUUCUGCAGCUGUAAUACCCAUACAGCAGCACUUUAACCUGCCUCCAUGUGUGUGCCCUCAAAGCAUGGGGCCCCAUUUACUUGCUGGUGCCUGGAGAGAGGAUCGGCCGCUCUAUCAGGAGGAAGGAGGGAGCUGGGGCCAUUGCCACAUUCAGGGCACAUGCUCAGCUCCCAUUUAUGGGAUCACAGAAUGGUUUCGUGUUGGAAGGGACCCCCAAACUCCAUCUGAUCCCCCUUGCCACGCACAGGAAUACUAAUAGCUCAACCCCAAGGGAUCCUAAUGCAACAUUACUCUCAAACUCACAUUGCAGAGAAUCCUUAUUUUCCUCCCUAUUAAAAGCAGAGCCCUCAAGAGCAUUAAUUUAGGAUUUCAUUUGAAAGCCAACAAUACAAAGCCUCAAAGCUUUUGCAAGGGUCUGAGAAUGCACCAUGUGCACCACUGGCCAUGCACAGCCCACAGCACAGCUCUGCUGUGAUAAGUGACCACUAUGCGUUAGCAGACAGGACAAAGUGGCUGCAUCCCCCUUGAGAACUCACAUGGAGUUUUGUGUCUCCCACCUCUUGCUCUGCUCCCAUUCUCCACUUUAUGCAUCCGGAGCAUGCAAAGCCUUUUUUUGCCCAACUCCUGUUUCCAGCACCCCCAUUGCCUGCUCCAUGGCAGCCAGACUCCAAACUGGAGCAUUUCAGAGAAAACGAUACUGUGCAUUGUCACCUCCUGGGCUGCCAAACACAGGGAGGCUGCAGGGGAACAAAGCAGCCCCUGUGCUCUCUUCAUUCCCAGAGCUGCAUUAAGGCUGCAGGCAGCAGCGUACUCCCCACACACCAAAAAAUAGCAAAUCAGGAACAAGGCUGCCUGAAUUUGGGGCUUUAAAGGCCAAUACCUCCUUGGUGCAUGGCCCCAGAUCGUUGUGUUUGGGGAGAAGCUGCUCAGCAAAGCUCUGCUUGUAUCUGCUGCAGCCCCAGGCAGCCACAUCUGAAUGAUUUUUUCCCCAAAGGAUGAGAGGGUCUCACCCCAGCUCCCCCACGGAGGCAGCAAAGGGAUGGGAAAAGGGAUUGCAGCCACACAGAGUGUUCCUAACCCUCCUUUCUAUCGCUAGGGAUUUGUUGUAGUUCAAAGGGGAACCACUGGAUUUGGUUAGAAAAACAUACAUGAGUUCAUCAGGCUGUGCCCCCUUGCAAGGUUAACGCAGUGCUGCAGGUACUCUAUUACAGGGGUAGGAAAGGUGCUCCCAGGACGUGUCUUUUAGCACUAAGGAUGCUAAGGGAAGGGGCACUGCCUUUGCUCUCCAGCUAGGACUGCUGAGACCUGAUUCUGACAAUGCCUAUGAUAGAGAGCAAUAAUUAACAUUUUUAGUUAUCUCAUCCCUCUCUGCCACACUACACCCUGGGCAGGUUCCCAACACUGACACCACCACCAACUGGUGUUGAAGCACAACUGUGGGAUGGCAAAGCCUUGGGGAAGAGCUCCAGGUCCAGGUGGAGCCAAAGCAGAGGGAAUCCCUGUGAGCUGGAGCAGCACCAGCACGCUGGGAAGGGGCCAUGGAGGGGCUUUUUGUUCUUUCACCUCCGGACCACACAACACUGCUGUCACGCGACCAAGCAUAUAAAGCCUUCAAGUGUCUGAACACAGUAUUCCAGACUUCAAGGUGAGCUUGCUGGCUCCCACCAGGGCACAGCCUGCACCAGCAGUCACUGCGCGCCCUCCCACCCAGCCUCUAGGGUGACUAAAGCCAACAGGUUCUGUUGGAUGAGUUUUAGUGAUUUGGAAGUUCUACUUUUCACCUGCACAGAAGAGUUCUUCUUGUAUAGUAGGUUUUCUAUAUAUUGUUUCUGUAUGUACUGUACAAGUAACUUAUUCUUGAAUAAUGCAAUUUUACCGUAAUAUAAAAAAAAAAACAACCCUCCUCUUAAUAAACUGUUUUUAGAACUCGUUUCUCA